AUGUCAAAGUCACUGCAUUCGCCCACAGCGCGACUAUUGCAGUCUUCGCGACUAUUCUCGCUUCCACGACCUCUUCCAUCGCCAGCCCUCGACAAUGCAUCCGCUGCUGGGCAAUACCGCAAUUCUGACAGUGCAACACUGCCAUACCCAAUCUAUCAAGCCAUAACUACUCCGGCGCCAGCUCAGUUCCGUGGCGAUUGGGGGUUGAAACGAUCGAUACCCAAGAAGAAACUUCUUGCCACCACCCAUUCGAACACUUCGGUCAUCAGAGUCGGGGCUCAGGAUACUUGGGAACACAUCACAGACUUCGAGAGCGCUGGCGAUCAUGUCCAGACUGAGCGGAAAUGGAGGCAGUUAGGCAUUCCUCUCGUGAUCAAGGAGCCCAGAAGCACUUAUUCCAACGAGCGAGGAGCACCACAAAGUGUUUACGAUGAGGAUGUCGACAACACAGAUCGGGAUUCCAAAGCAAAGCAAAGAUGGAAGUACGAUGGGCCUUGGAUACCAGGGAUGGACGAGGGAGAAUUUGAAGACUACAUUACUCGCAGACUGAGCAAACGAAAAGCUGAAUUCGCGAAAUUUGUGAUGACGCGCAUUCUGGAAAGGCGGAUACACGAUGAGGAGAGGCGAAAUCGUGAGAUGGGGCUGAGCCCAACUCUCAAAUCUAAGCGAAUAUCAGAGCUGCAUAAAGAGGUGAAAGCGAAUUACGAAACCGAGGUGAAGAAGAUGCGCGAUGAUCACGUUGUUCAGAAUCUGGGCUCCGAGAUGACAGCGGCCAUCUGUGAUUUCUUAGAUCUGCCGGGCAUUCGCAUGACUGGUGCUACUUCAUCAGCGAAGACGGCCGGUCUCAGGAGUAUCGUAGCAGACGUGGUGUCAGACGCUGGCCCACCAUCGACACACCCAGGUGCUGGUCUCUCGCACAUUCGAAGCAAUGCAUUCAUGGAGAAUCACCCGUACUGGGGGCCGCAAGCACAUAGAACACCUGUCAAGGCUCGUGCUGAUCGAAUGACGCACGUUCUGGAUGAGAAUCUGUCUGGCGGAAACAAGAUCUGGGUGCAGCCAGAGACUGCCAGCAUUGAUGAGAAUGGCCGCAUCCAGCUUCAAGUGAGUCGUGGUGACAAGGAGGCUAUUGCUGUGAAGAAGAACGAAGUCGAGCAAAUUCAUGCGGCUAGGAGUGCCAGCUUUACCGGAGCUGGAUAUGUUCCUCGCCCAGGACCUGGCGAGGCUGCGAACUAUGGGUACAGCCUUCCGGACACCAGACCUCAGCAGAUCCGACAACCUAGAUCGAGGGUGGGCGGAUUUGAUGCAGAGUUGGGCAGAGCGCCUCAGCAGGGGCCCAUGGGCGCGGAGGAUGCCACGGCCAAGAUCAAAGAAUUGUUGUAUCGCGUAUCGGGGAAGAGGUAG